GUUAUUUAGUUUUGUCUUAUAUUCAAUACAUUAUCUCAAAUAUUAAUCAUACUGAUGUCUUAUGUAAGAUGUUUGAUUGUCUAAUAAAAUGGCUUCAGUUUGGUAUACCCAUAUUAAAAUUUGAAACAAUGUUUGAUUAUUUAUUUAAUGCAUUAAAUAGUGUACAAUUAUUUGAUAAUGCUUGCGAAUGUGUUAUUGUUCUAUUUAAUUCACCAGACGCAUUAAAGUAUCCGACUACAUUUACUCGUCUGUUACCUUAUGUUUUGAGUCUUGAAACGUUAUUGGAUCAUGCUAUAGGAUGCGGUGAUAAAAAAAAAUGUGAAUCUUUAACAAAAUUAAUAGCAACGUUUGGUGACAAUCAUGCUAAAUUAUUAUUACAACUAGCAUUAACAAUGCAUCCACAAUCUCAACAAUUGCUAAAUAAUUUUUGUAAACUUGUUAUGCGUUGCACUGAAAUGAAAGGACAGUACCUGAUUGAUGAAACAUGUUCAGAACUCACAUUUAGUUUUUGGUACGCAUUACAGGAAGAAGUGACAUCAUGUAAAGAUGAUAAAACACAAACACUCUGUAUGGAAAUAUGUCGUCCUUAUUUUAUACGUUUAAUUGAAGUACUUAUUACAAAAGGACAAAUGCCAGAAAAUAAUCAGGACUACACAAGCGAAGAUAAAGAAACAUUUCGAAGUUAUCGUGUUGAUAUUGGAGAUACAAUAAUGUGCAUGCAUAAUGCGCUCGGUAACGAAGUCUUAGAAGUACUAGCUCAACAUUUGGCUUUAUCUAUCGAGCAAAAUUCGUCAUGGCAGCGACAAGAAUCCAUAAUGCAAUUAAUCGGUGCUGGAAGUGAAUAUGUUUCAUUAGAUGAAAAUAUUUAUUUACCAAAAAUAUUUUCACUUUUACCGAAAAUAAACUUUUGUAAUAGUUUAAUUAUAAAUGCUACAUUAACGGUUUUGGGACAGUAUAGCAGCUGGUUAGGACAUCAUCACGAAAUGCUUCAAAAUUGUGUGCAUUUAUGUGUAAAUGCGCUAUCAAAUCCAGAGCUAAUUCAAUCAGCCUCAAUUACCUUAAAAGAAUUAACGAUGGAAAAUCGAAGACGUAUGUCACAAUACUUGAAUGAUACGGUUCUCGAAAAUGGAAAUUUAAAUUCGAAUGAUCGCGUUCGUUGUGUGUCAAUAAUCGGUUAUAUGCUAUCCGCUUAUCCAUCGAAAAUUGUUAAUGAUCAUUUGAAUAUUCUAUUAGUGCCGGAAGUGAAUAAACUAUUGGAAUAUUUACAAAAUACAGAUAAUAGCUCGAUAGCUGUACGCAAAGAAAAUAUCUGUACAACUUUAAGUUUUAUAUCUGUAUUAAUUACUGCCAUCGGAUAUUGUGGAGAUCAAAAUGAUACCGAAGAAGAUGAACAAUCACAACAACAACUAAAUAAUUUAGCGCCAUUGACAGAUUCCUCAGCAGCAUCAGAAGUUCUAACAAGUUUCAUGCGUGACCUCGAUCCGAUUUUACAUCUUGUAUUAAAACAGUAUUCUGAUGAUAAAGAAGUAACAGAGAAAAUAUGUGAAAUUCUUUGUCGAACUAUAACAACGUUAAAAGAAGGGAGCACGCCGAUAUUAAUGACAUUAUUACAACUAUUACAAUGUAUUGGCCCAAAUAUUUUACAUUUACAGUUUUUAAACUUUGUUAGAAAUAGUCUUUUGUUAUUUUCUCAAGAGACGAAUGAAAUAGUAUUUAAUUUAUUUCCUACCGUUUUGCAACGAUUUGGUUGCUUAUUUAAUGGUGAUAUUCUAUGGUUAAAAAAUAAUGUUGAUAUUGUCGAAGAUUUUGCUAAUUUUCUCACACAAAUCAUUAAAAAGCUACCGCAUGUCGUUAGCCGUUGUCCAAUUGAGGCACUUGUUCUUCUGUUUGAGUUUGUGAAAAACGGUAUUCAGUUACAUGAACAAUUACCGUUGAGGAGUGUGACAAUGUUUACAGCACACUACGUUGAAUAUUGUAAAUUGGAUAAUCGUGCUGCUAAUUUAUUACAAGAAAACGGUCUUGAAAUUGUUCGGAUUUCACUAAAAGCCAUUGGCGGGAACAGUCCAAAACAUUUAGUUGAUACACUAUCUUUAUUAUUGUUUACCUUAUCAAAACUUUAUAUUGAUUGGACGAUAAAAUGGGUCCAUCAAUGUUUGAGUGAUCCAAAUUUUCCCUCACCAGCCGCCACUACAGACCAUCGUGAAGCAUUAAUUAAAGCAUUGACACGUUUUAUUAUCACAGAUAAUGUGCAAAAAAUUUUGAAAAUGUGUAUAUUACUGUGUUAUAAUCAUACCUCAAAUGAUGAAGAUAUUGGAUAUGAAUUGAUUCUAUUAAGUAAUCGUGAUGAAGAAUUUCAUCGACCGUCCCUAGCAGCCCAUGUUUGGCCAGAAACAAAUUAUGUUCUUGGAGGUCAAGAUAUCACUCCCAGUCGUGAAGGAGGCACAUGGCUUGGUUUCAAUACACAGGGACGAAUUGGUGUUCUAUUAAACUUACCAAAAUCUACUGAUAAUGAAUCGGAUAACAAAAAAAGUAGAGGCUUUAUUGUUCCAAAUUAUGUGAAUAACAUGUCUGUCGGUCUUGAUUAUUAUAUGAAAAAUCUUGACGACACUAAAAUGAACUACAACGGUUUUAGUUUUAUUGGAUUUGAAAAAAAUUUACUUUUAGAUGGCUGGAGAGUAGUAUAUACAAAUAAUGCAUCCAAUUUAUCCAUUCCUGUUGACGUACGUUCGAAAUUUUUUGUACUCUCGAAUCAUCAGUAUGGAAACGAAUAUGAAUUUUGUAAAACUCAACAUGGCUGUCAAUUGUUGGACAACACAUUAAAAGAGUUAACAAAUAAUUAUAAAACAAAAAUUACUGACGAAAAACAACUAGUUGAUCGUUUGAUGAUGGUAUUGAAUGAUCAGACAACAUUUUGUGAUGAUAAAAAUAUGGGUAUCGUCUAUCCUGAAAUAGCAAAUGAUAUUUCAUUAUAUUUAUCAGCAAUUUGUGUAAGAAUGCCAUUAACAGGAAAGAAAAGUACUUAUGGUACAAGAACACAUACCAUUAUUCUUGUUCGAUCAAAUCAUACUGGUUUGUAUUUGGAGAAAAAUAUUGAAAAUCCAUUGGAAAAUGAAAUGGUUUGGGAUGAAAAACGAUGGGAAUUUCGACUAGGAUGCUCGGAACCACCUACCCUUUUAAAAUGA